AUGCGCCAGUUCCUGGCCAUCGCUCUCUUUUCUUGCCUGGCGUCCUUCGGCCUAGCUGCGGAUUACCACGAGCAGCUCAACCUCCGUCCGCUACCCCUUUCCUCAUUGCUUGCGAGCUUCAAUUUCCGGUCCAACACGUCGCUUUCCGAUUUCGAGUCGCAAAACUUCCGAUACUUCCCCCGUUCUCUCGGUCAGAUUCUACAAUAUGCCGGCACGCGAGAAUUACAUCUGAGGUUUAGCCUGGGGCGAUGGGACGCUGAAAGCUGGGGAAGCCGGCCGUGGGAUGGUCAGCGCGAGGGCGGAAUGGGCGUGGAACUGUGGGCAUGGCUCGAGGCCGAGACGGACGAAGAGGCUGAUCAGAAGUGGCUGACCCUCACCAAUGCCCUCUCGGGUCUCUUCUGCGCAUCGCUCAACUUCGUCGACGGAACCCGAACCACCCGACCCGUCAUGUCUUUCCAACCAGAGGGUCACCAUCCCGAGGCCUCCAUCCCAAACAUGCAGCUCCUUCACGGCGUCCUUCCGAAAGAGGUUGUCUGCACAGAGAAUCUGACACCUUUUCUUAAGCUGCUCCCCUGCAAGGGAAAGGCUGGCAUCUCGAGUCUCCUUGACGGUCACAAGCUCUUCGAUUCCUCCUUCCAGAGCAUGGCCAUUGACAUCAAGCCAGUGUGCCCAGAUGGUGAGGAGUGUAGUCUGCAAAUCGAACAGACUAUCGACAUGGUUCUGGACAUUGACCGGUCCAAGCGUCCGAGAGAUAACCCGAUUCCUCGCCCACCGCCAGGGCAUGAGCUAAAAUGCGAUACCUCGAAGCCCUACCACUCCGAUGACACAUGUUACCCGCUCGGCCUCACCACCGGCCAAGACUGGUCUCUUUCUCAGGUGUUUGGCAAGUUCAUCAAGGGAACAUGUCCUCUAACGGAUGAGGACGUGCCCCCUGUGUGUAUCGAGGUGCCUCAUUCGAGAAGUGUCUACACCUCUGGCGGAGCUACAGAAAUUCUCAAUCCGAACGGUGUAUCGAGAUGCUUCAAGAUCGGAUCAGGGGCAGAACUCGAAAUCGUUCUCCCUCUUGAGGCUAUGGAAGGCCAGGAUCCUACAAAGGAGCUCGUCGAGCCUUCUACACCUCUCAUCUAUGCUGAGCGCAGUUUUACCGGAUACGGCCAAGAGCAUGGUGGCAUGCAGGUCAUUCUGACGAACCCGAGCAAGGAUACCGAGGUUGAGUUCAUCUAUAUGGAGUCGCUACCCUGGUUCAUGAGGGUGUAUCUACACACUCUGAACGCACGUAUCGAGGGAUCUUCAGGCUCACAGCCAUCCAUCAUCGAGGACAUUUACUACCGUCCCGCUGUCGACCGUGCCAGAGGCACGCAACUUGAGUUACGCAUGCGCAUUCCUCCUGCAUCAACCGUCUUCCUUACCUAUGACUUUGAAAAGUCAAUUCUUCGCUACACCGAAUACCCCCCUGACGCCAAUCGCGGCUUCGAUAUUGCUGCUGCUGUCAUUACCACCUUAAGCCCACGUACGCAAAGUACUCGGACAACCACUCUGCUGCUGAAUCUCCCAACGCCGGACUUCAGCAUGCCAUACAACGUCAUCAUCUUCACGUCGACGGCGAUUGCGCUCGCUUUCGGCGGCAUGUACAAUAUUCUCGUCCGUAGACUAGUCGGCGCCGAUGAGGGCCCCAGUCCGGUGCUCAAAGCCAAAAUAGGCAAGCUCCUGGGAAAGCUCAAAGGCUUGCGACCUAAGAAAUAG